AUGCAACUCCCCCGCGUCCUCAUUUGUGGUUCUCUUGACUUUGCACUCCAAGAAUGUAAGUCAAUAUUCAAUGGCACUGCCGAAGUCAUCUUUAUGGAUUGUUCUAGCCGAGAGGAACUUCUCACUGAAUUCCAACCGGGCCAUGACUACGACGGGAUUUCUGGAAUCAUAAGACACUGGAAUGCAUUUGAUAUAACUGGGCCAUUCGACAAGGAGUUUAUUGAAUGUCUACCUUCCAGUGUGAAGUACAUCGCAAGCCUGUGUGCAGGCUACGAGAUGAUUGACAUAGAUGCGUGCAAGGAGAGAGGCAUACUGGUUUCUAACACUCCUGGAGUAGGGGAUGCGGCAACGGCAACGACAGCCCUCUAUCUGAUGAUCUCAAGUCUCCGCUGCUUCACGGAGGGAGAAUUAAAUAUUCGCUCCGGGCUCUGGAGGCCACCAAGUGUUGCUAAGAGGGCGCACGAUCUUGAAGGACACACGCUCGCCAUUAUCGGUCUCGGCGGAAUAGGACUGCGUUUUGCCGAAUUCGCGCAUGCAUUUCCGAUGCACGUUGUUUAUCACAAUCGCCACAAACUCCCCCAGGCUCCCGAAUACUGCGAAUAUUUUGAUGCCGAGCAUCUUGACGAGAUGCUCGCCAAUGCGGACGUUCUCAGCGUUCAUGUGCCACUGAACAAACACACAGAGAGACUGGUGGACUGGCAGAUGAUUGCAAAGCUGAAAAGAGGCGCAGUGCUCAUCAACACAGCACGCGGUAGGGUCAUAGACGAAUCCGCGAUGAUCAAAGCGCUGGAAGAAGGACAGCUAUCCGCAGUUGGUCUGGACGUGUAUCCAGAUGAGCCGCACGUUAACCCACGGCUCCUGGAAUUCCCCAACGCCACACUGCUCCCCCAUUUAGGUGGAGUAUCAUUUGAAGUACAGAAGCUGCAAGAACUUCACGCAUUGAUGAACCUCCGAGAAUUUUUAUGUACCGGGACUGCGCCAGAUGUCGUUCCAGAACUGCGCUCUUAG